CACAUCACACUGAGCGCGUCAUUCAACACUCUCCUCCUCUUCGACGCUGAUCGACAAAACAACAAGAUCCCAUAUACUCCUCAACUACGUCUCCCUUUGCCGGAGCGCCCCAAAGAUGCCCACGCACGAAGAGCUCGAGGGCUGGAACGUCGAAAAACAGGCCUCGGACGCAAUGACAGCCAGUACACUCGCACCCCGCCCCGUGACGCCCGUGCAUGCGGUGGACGCCCCUUGCGGCAUCACGACGACACACAGUGUCUUCCACGUCCCAUCGAAGAGAUAUCUGUUUAGGGCUAACGACCCUCGAGGCGUGCCGAGCGACUUAGACGAGGAAGAAAUAGCGUUGAUGGAGACCACGGCAUUUGGGCCGCCGGUGGAUGGACGGGCGGUCGAGGCCAUCCGCGCAGAGUCCUCGUUCGCAGAAUUUGCAGCUAAGGAGACGGAGGAGGACAGGAAUGCCGCCCUCCUCGCCGCCCGGCGCAAGGAUGUACAGCGCGACGUACGCAAUCUCGCGCGCCUGGAUGCGCAGCUUGAGGCACUGCGCUUGAGAAAGAAGCUCGUGAGCGGCCUGAAGAAGGAGGUCCUUCAUGGGGGAGAUGUGAGGGUCGUGGAUGCAUUGGUGGGAUGGGAGGUGCCGCGGAACUCCCUGGGGAAGAUAGUGGAUGGGGAGUGGAAGCCCAAGGUGGCAGGCGGCGAGGCGAUGGUGAAGAGUGAUUCGGGUCUUGGGGCCGUUGGCGAGGAGGACGAUGAUGACGAGGAUGCGGAUGCGGAUGAGGAUGGGGAUGGGGAGGAGGAUGAGGACGAGAACCAGGACCAGAACGAGUGGGAGAAAGAUGACGUUGGCAACGACGACCGCGAGGAAGUGAGCCCCAGCGUCGGACAUCCGCUCUGAGCAUCGCUUCCCACCUCACCUCAGCCAUGCGCCGCGGAGCCCACGACCAUCACGAACCGAACGCAAACUCCAUCCCAAUGAAGCAGGAUUAGAAGAAAGAAAAUAUAAUGCAAUCCCUAUGCCUACAUUACUAUACAUCCCACAUACCAUAGUCCUACACCCCCCUCCCAACCCCCCACUUCUUCUCCCACUAU